AUGGAACGUUCAAAACAUUUAUAUAUGAUUGAUGAAACGACAAACGAAAUGAUUAAUAGCGAUUUGUUUACUCGCCGUUUUCCAUUUUGUAUUUUAUUUUAUCAUUUCAGUUGGAUAUUUCCUAUUAUUGGUCAUUUGGGGAUAGCAACAAGCAAAGGUAUUAUUCGCGAUUUCGCUGGAAGUUAUUUUGUUAGCGAGGAUGAAAUGGCUUUUGGAUUACCUAUUCGUUAUUGGCAGCUUGAUCCAAAAUAUGUCUGUGGUGGAGCGGAGGCAUGGGAUCGUGCUGUAAAAGAAGCAUCCGAUGAAUACAAAGGGCAUAUUGUAUAUUUUUUCCCUAUAUUUUAUAUUAUAUAUAGCAGAUCCUUAUCAGUUGCCCCACAUAAUUUAUUUUGCAAUAAUUGUCAUUCGCAUGUCGCAUUGGCUCUUAAUAAAAUGAAAUAUGCAGGCAAGAAAAAUUAUAAUAUGGUCAACUUAGCAAUAUCGAUGAUCUUUAAAGGACAUUAUACGGGAUUUGAAUUUUUUAAAAUUUCAGCCAUUAUGGUUCGAUUAACGGUUGAUUUGAUCAAUGAUUCUAUGCAAUUUAUCAAUGCAGUAAGAGAACGCGAAUUAUGUCUUCGCGCUUGUAAAAUACCAGUGCUUGAAAACCUUGGUAUCACUCGGGAUCAGUUUGAUACUAUCGAUUUGACAGAUAAUGAUAUUCGAAAAUUGGAAAAUAUACCUUUAUUGCGACGUUUAAGUACUCUUCUUCUUCAUAAUAAUCGUAUACAACAAAUUAUGUCGAAUAUUGGUGAAGUUCUGCCAUCAUUGAGAACUUUGGCGCUGACUAAUAAUAAUUUGAGUGAACUUGGUGAUAUAGAUCCUCUUGGCAAAUGCGAAAAAUUGGAAUAUCUCACGCUUAUUGGUAAUCCCCUCACUCACAAACCAAAAUAUCGGUUAUACAUUAUCUACAGAGUUCCAUCAGUUCGAGUUUUGGAUUUUAAGCGAGUUCGGUUAAAUGAACGGCAGCAAGCGAAAGCCUUAUUUAAGGGCAAAAAAGGCGAAAAAUUAAGGGAAGAGAUUGUUAAAAAAUCAUCAGCUCUUCCAGAUGAGGAAGAUAUGCAUGCUGCUAGAGAUAUUCGGCCUGAAGAUGCGAAGAAAAUCCAGGAGGCAAUUGAUUCUGUAUCAUCUAUUGCUGAAGCUGAAUAUCUUCAAAAUAUAUUACAAAGUGGUCGUAUACCUGAAGGUGCUUGGAAUAGAGGUGGUUUUGCAUCGAUCAACCAGAAUGCAUUAAAGUAA